AUGACGCAUAUGUUAGUCUUAAUGGCAUUAUUUUGCCUGAGUUGCGCUACCGCACAUCCUCCUGUGUACACGCCUGCGAUCGCAGAGCGACAAGUCCCAUCAAAUACUUAUUUGCGUGGGUUUCAGCAGGCUUCAGACCUUUUCCCCCGUACUCUUAUCCAAGAUCGGUGCUCUGAUAAACAGAAGGAAACAUUAAGAACCGCUUGGAAGGGAGCAAAAAAACUAGCAGAAGCUCAGACUAGCACUGUUACCGGCUACGACUACGAUGCGGUGCAUAGGGCUUGGUUCGGCGAUGAUUGGAAUGUGAAAGGUGAUCCUGAGGUAGAGCGUCGGACACAAAUUAUCACCGAUAACAUGGCUCGUCUUACGAAGCUAUUCAGAGGAGAAGUAGGGGACCACGAUAAUUUUGUUUUUUGGUGUGAGGAUAAAUACGGAAAUUGUGAAGGGGAGGCCUGGGCAGCUUCCUUUGAACACACGUUAGAACACGGUGCACUUUACCAGUCCACGGUCUUCUGUCCAGAGUUCUUCGAGGAGGAAGAUGUAUUAGAAGAAGAUGUGGAAAUGUUCGGGGGCCACCCCGACGACGAGACAAGGAUAGAUCAUUUCCAAGACACGACUGCGGUUACUAUGCUGCAUGAAAUUUAUCAUUACCAAUUUGUGGUCUCUGAUAAUCCCACAUUAGACAUUGCUGAGUAUGGUGCGGGGUUUGACUACCAACUAGCCAGAGAAAAAGGAACGGAAGAGACAUAUUUGAACGCUAACUCCUACGCUAUGGACGCAUUAGUAAUCUAUCUUCAGCAAACAUUCCAGUCUAGUACUCCAGCACUACCACCAGGAUACUAA